UACUUCCACCUUAACUCACACAAUCACAGACAGGCAGAGAGAGAGCUUCACUUAAGGAGGGGUUUUUUUUGUUGUUGUGUUCAGAGCUUGCAGAGAGGAAAUGGAGGGCAAGGAAGAAGAUGUGAGGCUUGGAGCAAACAAGUACUCAGAGAGGCAGCCCAUAGGAACUGCAGCACAGACAGAUAAGGACUACAAGGAGCCACCCCCUGCUCCUCUGUUUGAAGCUGGGGAGUUGCAAUCAUGGUCGUUUUGGAGAGCUGGAAUUGCAGAGUUCAUGGCUACUUUCCUCUUCCUAUACAUCACAGUCUUGACUGUCAUGGGUGUGCAAAGGUCUCCUAACAAGUGUGCCUCUGUGGGUAUUCAAGGAAUUGCUUGGGCUUUUGGGGGUAUGAUCUUUGCCCUCGUCUACUGUACCGCCGGCAUCUCAGGAGGACACAUUAACCCAGCUGUGACCUUCGGUUUGUUCUUGGCAAGGAAAUUGUCUCUGACCAGGGCAUUGUUCUACAUUGUGAUGCAAUGCCUUGGGGCGAUCUGUGGUGCUGGUGUUGUGAAGGGCUUCCAGAAGUCUCAAUACCAGAUGUUGGGUGGUGGAGCCAACGUAGUGAACCAUGGCUACACCAAGGGCGAUGGCCUUGGUGCUGAGAUCGUAGGUACCUUCGUCCUCGUUUACACCGUCUUCUCUGCAACUGACGCCAAGAGAAGCGCCCGUGACUCUCACGUCCCUAUAUUGGCUCCACUGCCAAUAGGGUUCGCAGUGUUCUUGGUGCACUUGGCAACCAUUCCAAUUACAGGAACAGGAAUCAACCCAGCGAGGAGUCUUGGAGCAGCCAUCAUCUACAACAGGGAUCAUGCCUGGGAUGACCACUGGAUCUUCUGGGUAGGGCCCUUCAUUGGAGCUGCACUUGCUGCGGUGUAUCACCAGAUCAUCAUCAGGGCUAUUCCUUUCAAGUCCAGGGCCUAAAGCUCUGGCUAAAUCACAUCCUUCUAUCAU